GUUCCCGUCGCGCUCCUCAUUUGUGGUCACUCAGCAAUCAGAAGCUGUGUAUGAGUUGUGCAGGUUUUGCGAAGUGUCAUAUCAUCUACAGGCAAAAAAAGUAAGAAAGAAGCAGCUGUCAUUUACUGUAACACCAAGAUGAAUGUGAAAGAAGAGAAAUGUGAAGCUGACAUAAACACCUUGGAGAUAAUGACUGUAAAUAUCAAGGAGGAGGAGGAGAACUGUGAAUGGGAUUCUGUCCCUCAUGAACAGAAGGGCCUUUGCCUUAAGGAUGAGGAUUAUGAGCUGGUGACUGUGGGUAUUAAAGCAGAGGUCGAGGACACAUCUGUUAUCAUUGACACACACCACCAUAAAAGUGUGGAUCAUCUCGAUCUCAAGGUGAGGUCUGAGUCCUUACAUUCUGAUGCAAAGAGGACUGAGGAGAUUUCAUCUGUUAGAACUUGGGAGGAUCAUUCACUACCGUCAAGUCAGUCUGGAGAAAGAGACAAACUUCACUGCUGUUCUGAAUGUGGCAAACAAUUUUCCCAUUUAAGCAAUCUUCGGAGUCACACACGAAUACACACUGGAGAGAAGCCAUACUGCUGUACUGAAUGUGGGAAACGAUUUUCACAAAUUGCCCAUCUUCAGAGACACAAAAGAAUUCACACUGGAGAAAAGCCUUAUUGUUGUUUUGAAUGUGGAAAACGAUUCUCGCAAAUCGCCCAUCUUCAAACCCACACAAGAAUUCACACUGGAGAGAAGCCAUAUCGCUGUUCAGAAUGUGGCAAACAAUUCUCAAGAAUCGCCCAUCUCCAGACACAUACAAGAAUUCACACUGGAGAGAAACCAUAUUGCUGUUCAGAAUGUGGCAAAAGAUUUUCGCGAAUCACUCACCUUCAAACACAUACAAAAACUCACACAGGAGAGAAGCCGUAUUGUUGUUCUGAAUGUGGAAAGCAAUUUUCACAAUUAAGUGAUCUUCAGAGUCAUACAAAAGUUCACACUGGGGAAAAGCCAUAUUGCUGCAAUGAUUGUGGCAGACAGUUCAAACAUAUGAUCAGCCUUCAGACCCACAUACAGAUUCACACUGAAAAGAAGCCAUAUUCCUGUUCUGAAUGUGACAAACAAUUCUCUUACAGGCGUAGUCUUUUAACUCACUCAAGAAUUCAUGUAGGAGACAAACCUUAUUCUUGUUCUGAAUGUGGAAAGCAAUUCUCUAGCAACAGUUAUCUUCAGAUGCACAAAAGAAGUCAUACUGGGGAGAAUCCAAAUUCUUGCUCUGAAUGUGGAAAACAAUUCUCUAGCAGUAGCUAUCUUCAAAUACACAAAAGAAGACACACUGGGGAAAAGCCAUUUUCUUGUUCUGAAUGUGGAAAACAAUUCUAUGACAACAGCCAUCUUCUGACACACAAACGAAUUCAUACUGGAGAGAAACCACAUUGCUGUUCAGAGUGUGGCAAACGAUUUUCACGAAUGGUCAAUCUUAAGACCCACAUAAGAAUUCAUACUGGAGAGAAGCCAUAUUCUUGUUCUGAAUGUGGAAAACAAUUCUAUGACAACAGCCAUCUUCACAGACAUAAAAAAAUUCACACUAAUCCUAGCCGUGUUGAACAGCGGCCUGCACACAAGGUUGUUCAAGUCAAUAAUACAAAAAGUCUGAUGGAUGUGAAAGAGGAGACGUGUGAGGCUGAUGUAAAUACCAUGGCGAUAAUGACUGUAACUAUUAAGGAGGAGAACUGUGAAUGGGAAUCAUCCGACCUUAACCAGGAGAGUUGCUGCAUUAAGGAUGGUGACUGCAAACUGAGGUCAGUGAGUAUUAAAGCAGAGGCAGAAGACAAGUCAGUCAGCAUUGAGACUCCCAACCAGACAAGUGUGAACAGUGUCGAGGAAGACAACCUUCAAUAUGAAUGUCAAGAUGGAGUGGUGACCGGGUCAGUGUCUUCUGAAAGCAAAUGCUGUUCAUCUCUGGAGCCUUCUGUCAAGGUGAAGUCUGAAUUUUUACAGUGUGACACAAAGACAAGCGAGGACAUUUCAUGUGUAAGAACUCGGGAAAAUCAGCUACCAAAUACAAAUAAGUCUGGAGAAAGAGACAAACCUCACAGCUGUUCUGAAUGUGGCAAACAGUUCUUUCGUAGGAGUAAUCUUUGCAGACACCAGAGAAUUCACACUGGAGAGAAGCCAUAUUGCUGUAGUUACUGUGGAAAACAAUUCUGUCAGAGAAGUACUCUUCAGAAUCACACUAGAAUUCACACUGGAGAGAAGCCAUAUUUUUGUCCUCAAUGUGGCAAACAAUUCUGUAACAGGAGUAAUCUUCAGAGUCAUAAAAGAAUCCACACAGGAGAAAAGCCAUAUUUCUGUUCUCAAUGUGGCAAGCAAUUUGGUAACAGGAGCACUCUUCAGUGUCAUGAAAGAAUUCACACAGGAGAGAAACCAUAUUGCUGUAUGGAAUGUGGCAAACAGUUUUUUGAGAGGAGUACUCUUCAGAAACACACUAGAAUUCACACCGGAGAGAAGCCAUAUUGCUGCUCUGAAUGUGGGAAACAGUUUACGCAUAGGAGCGGUCUUCGAAGCCACAAAAAAAUUCAUACGGGAGAAAAGCCAUAUUGCUGUUUACAAUGUGGUAAACAAUUCUGUGACAAGAGUACGCUUCAGAGACACAAUAGGGUUCAUACGGGAGAGAAGCCGUAUUCCUGUUCUGAAUGUGGCAAAGGGUUUUCUCGGAGAAGCAGCCUUAAGAUCCACAAAAAAAUUCACAUGGGAGAAAAGCCAUUUUGCUGUUCUGAAUGUGGCAGAAAUUUCUUGACGAUGAGCAAUCUUCAGAGCCACAAAAGAAUUCACACAGGAGAAAAGCCAUAUUGCUGUUCUGAAUGUGACAAACAAUUUGUGCAUAUGAGCAGUCUUAAGAGACACAAUACAGUUCACAUAGAAGAGAAGGAAGAAGCCCUAAAGGAGUUCCAGUCAAUUGACCACAGUGGAACUAAUCAAACCACCAAAGCUCAAAAGUGGUUACAUGAAGUUGACGAUGAAGAGGAGAUCAUGUGCUGCUAUGUUUAUAUAACAAAUGCAGAAUUACCAACUAAAGGCUAUGCCAGGAGGGCUUGCUCAAAAUUUAAGUCCAAAAAAGCAAUUCCUACAUCCAAAUUAGGGGUGAAUUCCUGCAAAUUUGUUGAUGAAAGCUCUAGAAAUACUCCACACAUUUUCAUCAAAACUGGCCAGUAUUUCUUCAGGAACAGAGAGGGUGGUGGAAGGCAGCAAUUUGAACCUGUAAGAAAGAAGCAAGUCCCAAGCACCAAGAUGGACGUGAAAGAGGAAACAUGUGAGGCCGACAUAAAUACCAUGGAGGUAAUAACUGUAACUGUUAAGGAGGAGGACUGUGAAUGGCAGCCUGUUCACCCUAAAGAGGAGAGUAUCUGCAUUAAGGAGGAAGAUUAUAAAAUGGUGACUGUAAACAUUAAGGAAGAGGCUGAGGAGACAUCUGUCAGCAUAGAGACACACAAACACAAAAGUGAAGAGUAUGCCAACCUCAUGAUGAAGUCUGAAUCAUUGCAGUCUGACACAAUGAGAACUGAAGAAAUGUCAUCUGUUAGAACUCAGGAAGAUCAGCCACAUCCUUCAAAUCAGACUGGUGAAGGAGAGAAACUUCACUGCUGUCCUCAGUGUGGCAAACUUUUUUUAAAAAUGAGCCACCUUCAGAGCCACGAAAAAAUCCACACAGGAGAGAGGCCAUUUUGCUGUUUGGAAUGUGGCAAAGAAUUCUGCGACAAGAGCACUCUUCAGAAACACACUAGAAUUCAUAGUGGAGAGAAGCCAUAUUGCUGUUCUGAAUGUGGCAAACGAUUCGGUGACAGGAGUACUCUUCGCAUACACACUAGAAUUCACACUGGAGAGAAGCCAUAUAGCUGUUCUGAAUGUGGUAAACAAUUCCGUUACAUGAGUACUCUUCAGAGCCACAAAAGAAUUCACACGGGAGAGAAGCCAUACUGCUGUUUGGAAUGUGGUAAAGGCUUUUCAAAAAACACCAGUCUACAGAGCCACAAACUAAUUCACACAGGAGAGACGCCAUAUUGUUGUUUGGAAUGUGGCAAAAAGUUUUCGAAAAAGAGUGGUCUUUGGUGCCACAAAAAAAUUCAUACAGGAGAAAAGCCAUAUUGCUGUUCUGAAUGUGGCAAACAGUUUUCACAAAGUAGCCAUCUUCAGAGGCAUAAAAAAAUUCACAUGGGAGAGAAGCAGUACUGCUGUUCCGAAUGUGGCAAGAAUUUUUUAAAAAGGAGCAGUCUUCAGAACCACAAAAAAAUUCACUUGGGAGUGAAGCCCUACCACUGUUCUGAAUGUGGUAAAUGUUUUUUGCGAAGGAGCCUACUUCAGAGACACAAAAGAAUUCACACUGGAGAGAAGCCAUUUUGCUGUUCGGAAUGUGGGAAACAGUUUUCACAUAGAAGUGGCUUUCGGAGCCACAGAAAAAUUCAUACCGGAGAGAAGCCCUAUUGCUGCUCAGAAUGUGGUAAAUGCUUUUCAGAAAGUAGCCAUCUUCAAAAGCACAAAAGAAUUCAUACGGGAGAGAAGCCGUAUUGUUGUUCUGAAUGUGGCAAAGACUUUUCACAAAAGAGCAGUCUUCAGAGCCACAAAAAAAUUCACAUUGGAGAGAAACCUUAUUGCUGUUCUGAAUGCGGUAAAAAAUUUUUGACAAUGAGCAAUCUUAAGAGCCACAAGAAAAUUCACACUGGAGAGAAACCAUAUUGCUGUUCUGAAUGUGGUAGAUGUUUUGCAUAUGUUUAUAGUCUUAAGAGACACACUAUGGUUCACACAAGAGAGAAAAAGGAAGUCCUAAGUGGGGGAAGGAGUGAAAUGCAACCUUCCUAACUAUUUAAGACUUGAUGAGUGCCUUCCACAUCAGGGCCAUUAUUAUCCAACAUCUAAAUCAAGUCUCACCAAGGUGAAGCUACUCUUGUAGUGUUUAAAAAGGUAAUCCAUACUGGCUGCAAAUCUCUGAGAAUAAAAAGUGUCCCUCCUCUGCCUUGACAUUGGAGUAGGUGAUGAUAUAGUGAAGGAGCAACAUCUUCAGAUGAAGAGACUGCCAAUGUUGUGACAGCGGAGGUGGACAGUGUUGCUGGCCCACCACACUGAACAAGCACAACUUGACAAAGAAAUUAGCAACAAUAUUAGUUGGUUAAAAAUAAAGAAGAGAUUAUGCACUACUACGUUUAUGCCACAAAUCCAGAAUUUCUGAAUAAAGGGUUUUGCCCAAAAUUGGGAUCCAGAAAAGUAAUCCCUGCAUCUAAGUUAAAUAACUGGUGUAAACGUAAGACUUUUAAUUAGAAUAAUUAAAAGAGAGAAAGCAAAUAGUAAAGGGUGAUUAGAAUACCCACAAAGAAUAGCAACUUCAAUAUAAACACCCAGAUGGGAAUGAAUUCAUUCUGGAAAAGAAUAUCGAGAAGGAACUGAUUCUCAAAUAAUGGUAUGCAAACAACAACUAGAGAAGUUUUAGAGAAGUUAAAAAUUGAAAGAAAUGAAGUUCAUCAAAUUGAAAGCAAAGACAAACGUUCUGCCCAAAGCCACAAGAAGCGACAGCACCAGAUGAAAGAGGAUCAACUUGAAAUAGAAAAUUCAAUAUGAACAUCAGCAGAAAGUUACCCAAACUCUAAAAGGAAUGAAGUAACUAAAUCAAACACCUCAGUAUACCAGGAUAUGGUGGAGUGUUAAAUCUGUUAAUGAAACCUCUGCAGAUAACGCUGCAGUGGCUCACCACAGGAAGGACAUUGCUACUUCCAACAUCACAGCAGACUAAAUCACCAAAUAAAGCAACAUCCCAUAAAUUGUCUCACCAUCAGAGCUGCGUCAUGUUGCCAAAAAUGUUAUCACAAUAUUGAUAUUCCUGUAUUAUUAGUAUCAGUAAAUCAUUUUUGGAUGAU